AUGGCAUUCACUGCACAAAAAACUUAUUCAACUGGACUUCUCACAAGCCCAAUGUCUUUGUCAAUGACUGAUGUCAAUAGCGACACCACACCCGACAUUAUCGUUGCACUCUAUAAUCAAUAUACGGUUGGUGUUCUCUUCAAUUUCGGCAAUGGCACAUUUCAUGCUCAAACAACUUAUUCAACUGGAAUUGGGUCAUUUCCACAAUGUGUAUCAGGAGUGGAUGUCAACGGUGAUAAUAAACCUGAUAUUAUUGUCGCAAACAAUGGUGGAAACGGUGUUGGUGUUCUUUUCAAUGCGGGUAACGGCACAUUUCUUUCUCAAAUAACGUAUCCAACUGGAAGUCCUUCAUAUCCACCAUCUGCAGCAGCAGCUGAUGUUAAUAAUGAUAAUAAGCCAGACAUCGUUGUCGCAAACCAAAAUUUGGGAAAUGUCGGUGUUCUCUUUAACUUCGGUAAUGGAACAUUUCGUUCUCAAACAACUUAUUCAACUGGAAAUAACUCAGGCCCAACUUCAGUGGUACUCGUCGAUGUCAAUGCCGAUGGUCAGCGCGAUAUUAUAAUUGCAAACUAUAAUGAAGGCAGCGUUGGUGUUCUUUUAAACUUCGGCAAUGGAACGUUUCAUCCUGUUACAAGUUAUUCAACUGGAAAUAACUCAAAGGCACGGUCUGUAUCAAUAGUUGAUGUCAAUAAUGAUAAUAAACCGGAUAUUAUCGUCGCAAACUAUGGUAUAAACAACAUCGGUGUUCUCUUUAACUUCGGUAAUGGGACAUUUGGUCCUCAAACAACUUAUUCAACUGGAACUAACUCAGGCCCAAUGUCUGUCGCAGCAGUUGAUAUAAAUGGCGACAACAAACCUGAUAUUAUUGUCGCCAACUAUGAUGCGAACAACCUCGGUGUUCUUUACAACGUCGGUAAUGGCACCUUUCUUCCUCAAACAACUUGUUCAACUGGAACUAGUUCACAACCGCGAUCGGUAUCAGUAACCGAUAUUAAUAAUGACAGCAAACCUGAUAUUAUUGUAGCAAACUAUGGUGCAAACAACAUCGGUGUUCUGUUAGCUAACUAA